GUUUGACCAUGCUUACCUCGAAACGCGCCGUUUUAAUCUCGUCUCUUUUGCUGCUCCUUGCACAUGUCUAAGUUUGAUUUACCGGACGCUGAGCUUAAAGCGCUCUGUGUUUUCAGAUCUUCGAAUUUGUGAGCUUGAGAUUUGAGAAUCCAACGCGCAUGAUCAGAUUGUUUUGUCACAGAACUCUGCCUUCUUGUGUAAAUUUCGCAACGCAUUGUGGAAAUUGCAGAGCUUGGGUAUGCUUCCCUCGACGUUGUUUCUCAGCCCAAGCGGCCCAAUUGGCCCAGCGGUGCGCGAGUUCUAUAGAGCUUCCGAGCUCAGAGUUCGACGCUCACGCUUACGCCACUAUGCUUCAAGAUUGUAUCCGAAACGCUGACCCAACCUCAGGGAAGGGUCUCCACUGUGAGAUUCUGAAAAGAGGCGGCUGUUUGGACCUGUUCGCUUACAACGUUCUGCUCAACAUGUACGUGAAAUCUGAGCUGCUGUGUGAUGCUGUUACACUGUUCGACGAAAUGCCCGAGAGAAAUACGAUCUCGUUUGUUACGUUAAUUCAGGGGUACGCGCUGUCGUUGCGAUUCACUGAGGGUGUGGAGUUGUUUGUUAGGUUACAUAGGGAGGGUCACGAGCUUAACCCUUUUGUUUUUUCUGCGAUUUUGAAGCUGCUUGUCAGUAUGGGAUGGGCUGAGCCAGGUUGGACAAUGCAUGCUUGUAUUUGGAAGCUUGGUCAUGACUCUAAUGCAUUUGUAGGGACCGCUCUUGUCGAUGCCUACUCUGUUAGCGGGCACGUUCCUAAUGCUAGAAAGGUUUUCGAUGGAAUUAUCUGCAAGGAUAUUGUUUCGUGGAGUGGGAUGGUAGCUUGUUAUUCUGAGAAUGGUUGUUUUGAAGAGGCGUUAGAAGCCUUUUCUCAAAUGAGGAUAAUUGGGUUCAAGCCAAACAAUUUUACUUUUGCUGGUGUGCUUAAGGCCUGUCUUGGAUUAGAGGCCUUUAAUGCGGGAAAGAGUGUUCAUGGGUGUGCGUUGAAAACUCGCUAUGAACAGGAUCUUUAUGUGGGUGUUGCAUUACUUGAACUGUACACAAUGUCCGGGGACAUUGAUGAUGCUCAGCGGGCAUUUGAGGAGAUCCCUAAAAAAGAUGUGAUUCCCUGGAGUUUUAUGAUUGCACGUUAUGCUCAAAGUGGUAGGAGUGAAGAAGCUGUUGACCUGUUUCGUCGAAUGAGGCAAGCUUUUGUUGUCCCUAAUCAGUUUACAUUUGCUAGCUUGCUGCAAGCUUGUGCAACUAUAGAAGGUUUAGUUUUUGCGAAGCAAAUCCAUUCCCAUGUACUCAAAGUUGGUCUCUGCUUGGAUGUGUUUGUUUCUAAUGCCCUGAUGGAUGUCUAUGCUAAAUGUGGAAGGAUGGAGAACUCUAUGGCUCUAUUUCUGGAAUCACCCGAUAGAAAUGAUGUGACUUGGAACACUAUGAUUGUUGGCUAUGUGCAUUCAGGUGAUGGUGAGAAGGCACUGAAGUUAUUUCUAAACAUGCUUGAAUACCAAGUGCAGGCAACAGAAGUGACAUACUCUAGUGUACUUCGUGCUUCUGCAAGUCUAGCAGCCUUGGAUUCAGGAGUUCAGAUUCAUUCCUUGACAGUCAAAACCUUUUAUGACAAGAAUAUUGUUGUGGCUAAUGCUUUGAUAGAUAUGUAUGCCAAGUGUGGCAGCAUUAAAGAUGCCCGUUUGAUAUUUGACAUGUUGGAUGAACGACAUGAAGUUUCAUGGAAUGCCAUGAUCUCAGGAUAUUCUAUACAUGGUUUGGGGAGGGAGGCUCUAAAAGUUUUUGAAAUGAUGCAGAAAAUGAAGUGUAAACCGAACAAGUUAACUUUUGUUGGUGUUCUAUCAGCAUGUAGCAGCGCGGGGCUGUUAGAUCAAGCACAAGCUUAUUUUAAUUCUAUGGUUCAGGAUUAUAGCAUUGAACCAUGUAUAGAGCACUAUACUUGUAUGGUCUGGCUUCUGGGGAGAUCAGGCCAUCUUAAAAAGGCUGUCAAGUUGAUUGAGGAAAUCCCAAUUGAGCCCAGCAUUAUGGUCUGGCGUGCUUUGCUUGGAGCUUGCGUUAUCCACAACGAUGUUGAUCUUGGAAGAAUGUCUGCGCAGCGUGUGCUUGAGAUGGAUCCCCAAGAUGAGGCUGCCCAUGUGUUGUUGUCAAAUAUAUAUGCUACAGCAAAGAGGUGGGAAAACAUGGCUUCAGUUAGGAAAGACAUGAAAAGGAAAGGGGUAAAGAAGGAACCGGGCCUAAGUUGGAUUGAGAACCAGGGAAUAGUUCAUUAUUUCACUGUUGGAGAUACUUUACAUCCUGACAUGAAACUAAUUAAUGGGAUGCUGGAUUCAUUGAACAUGAAAAUCAGGAAGGCAGGAUAUGUUCCUAAUCGUAAUGCAGUUUUGGUUGAUGUGGAUGAUGAUGAAAAGGAGCGUCUCCUUUGGGUGCACAGUGAAAGAUUAGCUCUUGCUUAUGGGCUAAUUAAAAUGCCAUCUGGAAGACCUAUUCGUAUCAUUAAAAAUCUCCGAAUAUGUGUGGAUUGUCAUGCCGCAGUUAAGUUAAUAUCCAAGGUUGUGCAGCGAGAAAUUAUUGUCAGAGAUAUGAAUCGGUUCCAUCACUUUCAGGACGGGAUUUGCUCCUGUGGUGAUUACUGGUGAUCGAUGAUCUUCAAUAAGAUCGACCUUUCUUGGAGGGCUGAGGUUUCUAUUUACUUGUGUGAGUUCAUAAUUACAGAGGUUCAUUGGUAAUAAGCUGGCAGGAACUGCUAUCUUCUAGCUGUGAUCUCCAACAUGAUGAAUGGGUCAUAACUCCAUGCAACAAGAUGUGCUACACAAGGUGUGAAGAUGUGCUACACAAGGUGUGAAGGUGGUAGUUCAUGAAGGCAACUUGUAAAUGAGUGGUAGUUCGAGGGAGGAAGAGGUUGCUGAUAAUGACUGCUGUGGAACUUGUUUUAGGCUUUGAAUGGAAAGUCAUAGGCAUAAGAAAUGGGGCUUGAUACUUCUUCGAUAGCAGUCCAUGGUGAGGUCAGCUGCAGAAGCAGAACUAUCAAGAUUGAGAUUGUAAUUUUUUUGGCUGUAAAGCAACUGAGGAUACAGACAGUUUUGAGCUCUCACGGAGGGACACCAUUCCGUUCUUCACUGCGGAUGUUUUGUGAUGGCCCCCUCCUAAGUGAUGUCUCUUUUUAACUGAAAUCAAUGUAAUCUACAAUUAACAAUUUGCACUCUUGUUGUGUGAUCUUAUCUCAACGCAAUGAUUGAGUGAAUCGGGGGUGGGGGGCGCAUAAUUUGGUCAUCAUCAUAAUCUGUCUCUCUCUCAAUCUCGGUUCUCCUUUUUCUGAGCAUCUCAAUCUUGGUUAUCAGCUGUAAUUCCAUGCAAUCAUAAAAUGAUAUCCAUGCAUAUGAUUCAAUUCAUGAGCUUUGAUU